AACUCCGUACUAAGCAGAGCAGUGGUGAAACUCUGCUGGCCUUUUUUUUUCCCUUCACUCCUUGUUUUGUUUUCCCUUCUCUCUCUCUCGACCCCUCUCCUCCCCUUUUCUCUAUCCUCGUCCCUCUCUCUCUUGUUUGGUGUUUCCUUGUGGCAAUUGAUUAGUAUCACACCUUCGUUAGCUAGGUAGACGCGACAUUGAGCUGUCCCACAAUGCACGCCAUCGCCCUCCUCGGCGCCGCAGCCGCGCUCUGCCGCCCUGCCAUGGCCAUGCCCAAGGCCACCCCGGAGCCCCAACCGCCGGCGGCGGCAGCCCUCGACCUCGCCCGCCGCGCCAACCUCGAGCCGCGAGCCGAUCCCACGGCCCCCUGGGUCACCGUCGACGACGAGGGCAAGCCCGUCAAGACCAUCACGCCCGUGACGACCACCAUCAGCGGCACGCCCACGCUGGUCAGCGUCGCGCCGCACGACAUCACCGCCUCGGUCUACACCUGGACCACCUGGGGCUCCAUCACCACCAGCACCGGCCGCCCGCCCAACCCGACGGCCACGUCCAAGGACGGCGAGGGCGUCUUCUCGCGCUGCUACAACAAGGACGGCGACGACGCGCCCUUUUGCUCGCCCUACAACAGCAGCACCCUGCUGACGGGCAACACCUACUACAUCACCUGGGACCCCGACUACUACAACAAGACAGGCAGCAGCGCCAAGGUCUCCAACUCGACGUACGAAAUCACCGUCCGCCUCGACUACCUCAACAAGACGAGCAACGAGUUCGUCAAGCUCAAGACCUUUGACCAGGACCGCGUGCCCACCUCCUGGGGCGUCUGGCCCCUGACCGUCACGAGCGGCAUGCUCAAGGGCCAAAAGACAAACAACGUCACCAUCACGCUGCAGGUCGCCCCCCGCGGCUCCAAGGACUCCAACAGCUCCGUCCCGCUGCACGUCGCCCUGCAGGACCCGGCCCUGCCCUCCAACCCCGAGCCCCAGGUGCCCAAGGGCCGCACCCUGUCCAUCGCCCUGCCCGUCGCCCUCGGCGGCGUCCUCUUCAUCGUCGUCGGCGUCUUCCUCUGGAACCGCAGCGCGCGCCGCAUCCACCUCGGCAGCAUCAUGGGCCGCUCCCGCCACGGCUACUCCGGCCGCAAGGCCCGCCGCAACAACAACCUCUUCCGCCCCGGCGGCUACCAAAAGGACGCCGCCAGCAUCCAGCUGCACAACGCCGACGACCACCUCUCCGACGGCGAGUACCACGACGCGCCCAUCUCGGGGCGCCGCGACAGCGAGGCCCUGGGCAGCUUGGCGGGUACGCCCACCAACGAGAGCUUUGAGCACCACCAGGGCAGCACCACCCGGAAUGCCUUCCGUGACGAGUUGGACCGACAGCACCAGGAGAGGCGUGGAUACUAAGAUCAUGAUCCCGGUGGUCAUGAGACUACGUUGGCUAGAUGUCAUG